AUGAAUAAAUGUCAACGUCAAACAACACCUGUUCUUUGUGAUACAUCAAAUUUACAAUGGAAUGUUUCAUUUCGAUUUUUUAUUUGUGAUAUAAAUAAUGAUAUUAUUAAAUAUUCUAUCUAUAAUCGAUCUAAAUAUACAAAAGAUCGUCUUCUUGGUUCAAUUGAAAUUCCUUUAAGAUUAUUAAUUAAACAAAGUGUUCAACAAGAAGAUUCAUCAUCAAUUUAUUCAUUACAAACAAAUCAUAUUUAUGAAAUGUCAGCAUUAAAUUGGAAGAUGCGUACAUUUUAUCUUGAACAUUCAUCAAAUAAUUCACAAAUAUCUAUUAAAUAUAUUGUUUAUUUAAAUGAAUAA